CUUUACUCUAAAAUUUGCAUCAAUUCUUAACAUUAUAGCAUUUUUAUUAUUUUAUUAUGAAGUAUUGUUCAUUUAUUGGUAACUAGGAUAAUUGAUUUGCAUAAAGAUUGCAUUUGUUUUUUUUUUUUUUUGAAUAAGAUUGCAUUUGUUUUCCCUUUAUUUGGGGCUGUUGUUGAAUUGUCAAAUGAUGAGUAUUGCACACCAACUGUUUGAUAUAUUGUAGAAAAUUCGAAUCAUUUCUUUAUGUAUGUAAACACCAAUUGAGCGGAGAGAAAUGAAAUUUCACAACUUCUAACAAAGUUGCCCUUUCGUCGAAGGAAAUGAUACUUGUAUUAUGAAAUAUUCUUAAAUCCAAUGAAAUAUGAUGUUGCAUGUAUUAAGAAAUGGAGGAAUUAGUUUUUAGUUGAUGAAUGUACUUUAUAAAUAUGGAAAAUUUCAUUCAAGAGAAUGAAGAUAUGGGUGAUUUUUAUCAAUGAUUUGGGUUAUUUUUAAUGAUAAUGGGGAAAGAAUGGUUUUCCUAUGUUGGAAUCGUCCGUCAUUGAAAGAUCAAAAGGCUUGCUUGGAAAAGACUGAUUCAUUCAAUUAUGAUCUUAAACGCAUAGGAGCUACUGAUAGAUCAAUAUCUUCACUGCAGAAAGAUGAUCAGUUAUCAGAAGAGGGUUUUUUAUUAAAUCAUGCUCGCGUUCUAAUUGGUUCUGGUCAAGAGACGUAUGAGAAAGGAAAGAAUGCACUUCAGAAUUGGAGGCAUUUCCAAAUGAACUGGACAUUUGUUGAACCUACAACUCCGAUCAAAAGUGGGGUAAAAUUUUGUGUUUGUGUCAAGGAGUUCCUUCCAUGGUUGAUGAUGCCUCUUCAGGUGGUGUAUGUGAAUGAAAACAAGCGUUCUGGGAAAAUGAAAGCCUCCUUCAGCUUUGGUAGUGGCACCCUUCAAGGUCACCUGUUGGCCGGGGAAGAACGCUUUUCAGUAGAGCUGGAUGACAAGAAUCAAGUGUGGUAUGAAAUACUUUCCUUUUCAAAACCUGCACAUUUCCUUUCCUUUAUGGGUUAUCCUUAUGUACAGUUUAGGCAGAAGUAUUUCGCAAAGAAGUCUACAGAUGCUGUAUUGAAGCAUAUAUCUGCUGAGUGAUACUAGUUGCUAUUGUUGUGUUGGCUGGUUUUAUGGAUAUCCGCCACUGCCAGCAUCAGACCUUCUCAUGCACAUUGACGACAUCGGCUACUUCCCUUGUUCUAAACACGGUUCCACCUCUGACUGUCAACGAAGCAACAAGCUAAGUGGGUGAACAAUUUUAAAAAUGAGUGUUGGGCAUGCAAACCACUAAAACCUACCCAAAAGCUAGCGCCGAACACGCCCUGUACACUAAUAAAGGAUUUUCUACGUAGUGUCCUUGUAGAAGCAGCUUUUCAAUGUUGUUUCCGCAAUUUUCUAAUAUGUAUAUUACACUUGGUAGCCCUCAAGAAUAUUAGAAUAGUUCAAUAAUCCAUUGUAUCCUUGCCGAGUUGCCAUUAAUCUCCAAAUAAGGACUUUUGUUAGAUUUAUGUUUUUUUCCAUCUUUUAACCCUUUUUGGCACCUCUUCCUAUUUUUGGAUUUUUUUUUUUU